AAAAGGAGCUCGCGCGGUUCGCGGGAGUGAACAUCACGCGCACGUGAAUGUUUGUCAGAGGGGAUUCCUCAAGAUCUAAUUCCAACUGUCUCCAACGAUUCAGACUGAUCCGGCUGAUCGAGUCUCUCCCCGAUGACAGAGAGCUCAGCUGACAUGCGCACUCGGGAGGAAGUUCAGACCCAGAUCUCCUGGACCCGCUCUGGGCAGAGAAAACACCGGGAUGUUCAAACAGAAAGUUACCUGGAAGAACCGAGUGACAUUCCUGUGGUGGAGUGUCAGACUGAUGGACAGACCUGAAACUCCAAACACUAAAGCUGCAAAAACUGGCAAAGAUGCUGAAGCCCAGAGAGGUGAGGGAGAGGAUGAACGUCUACUGAACGUGUCCUGUGCAGCUGUUUGACUUUGAGGAGGAAGUGCAGCCCAUCCUAGAAAUUCAGUUUUGAAAAAGAAAAUGAAAAAACUAUAGCACCACUAUGGUGGUUUCUUCCAGCUGGUCCUUCUGCGUGCUGCUGUGGGAAAUAGUGACUCUUGGUGGGAAUCCGUACACGGGUAUCGCUCCCGAGCUGCUGUUUAACCUCCUGAAGACUGCUUACAGGAUGGAGAGGCCGGAGAACUGCUCUGAGGAAAUGUUCAGCCUGAUGCUCCGAUGCUGGAAACAAGAAUCAGACAAGAGGUCGACGUUCUCAGACAUCAGCAAGGAACUGGAAAAGAUGAUGGUGAAGAGUCAGGAUUACCUGGACCUGGCAGCUUCCACUCCCGUUGACGCCCUGCUGUACGACGACGUUCUCUCUGAAGAAGACACCCCACUGGUGGACUGUAAUAACGCCCCUCUCCCUCGAACCCUCCCCUCCACAUGGAUUGAAAACAAGCUCUAUGGACACUGAUGGAGAUUCACAGCUCGACCUUCCUGCUUCACGAGGGUCUUCAGCGUCCCGAUGAUGGAGAAACCACCACCCUAUAGAUCAGCCGUGUUGCAGUGGAAGACCGUCUGCAGCCUCGGGACCAAAAGUGUCUCUAUUGACUCAGUCUUUCUUGAACUAUUUUAAUUGUGAAGCUGAGGUGGCAGCAAUGAUCAUGAAGGUGGAAUGGAAGAGAUUUCUGCAAGGGAAAAAAUACCUGUUGUCCCCAAAUGUAAGUUGUGUUUGUUUGGUUUUAAAGAAAUUGCUUCUUUUAGGAUUUAUUUUGAUUAACUUUUUCAUUGGUAACACUACAAACUUUCUUUCAGGUAAAAGUAUGGUAUCUAUGGAAUAUAUUUCGCUUUAUAUCUAAGAUUUCUACAACAUAUGUUUUGAAAAACAGCGUCAUGUUAUCUUAUUUCAAGACAGGUAGGUCUUGAGAAUGGUAACAUAUUAACAUUGUGGAAUAAUCCCACAAUAGAGAUUUACUGCAGAGAACAUGUUGUUUAUUUGACUAUUUUUUUGUUUGUUUGUUUCUAUAAAUUAUCAGGGAUUUAUAAAUUGUGCUUUAAUGAAAUAGCAACCAAGCAAAAACUUCUCUGGACUUUUGGGAAAAUAUUGAAAAUUGCACCUUUAUCUGUUCAUAAAUGUGAUUUAUGUCAUUAAGAAAUUACUCUGACUGUUGGAAAUAACUGUAUUAAUUGUCUUUAAUAUGCUUAGGAGCAUUAAUCAUGUUGUUAUUUAUAUUUAAAAUAUAAAAGAAAAAUGAAUUUACAAGACAACACAAAACAAUUAUGAUUUAUGAAUGUAUUCAUUUCAUUUAUAUAGAC